AUGACUGCUAUAAACUCUAUGACCCAACAUGGGCAUGCGACUCGUGUGAAAUCAUCACCUCCGGUCAACAACAGCUUGGAAAGUAUAAAUGGGGUUGCCAAAACUAGCCAACGUGAUGGCUAUAAAUACAGUUCUUUAAAACAGACUUUAACAAAGUCUCAGAGUACCGCAUCACUCUCGGCGAUUCAAGGUUCCAAAUUUCAAGACAAUCACAAAUUUGCUCGACAAGGGAGUCCGAGGCCGAUAUCUCGGUCGAGAGAAAAUUUGGUUACCAAAGGUAGUGGACGAAGUACCAUAGGCCAUGAGCCUGGUUUUCGGGACAGGUUACCGAGUUUCACGGUACGCCAACAACCGGUGGCGGCUGAGCUUCAAACACAUUUUGCCGUGUAUAAGUUUGUCCCAAGACACCAGAACGAGGUUGCAUUGAAUGUUGGUGAUGCUGUUUACGUGAAGGUAGUUCACGAGGACUUGUGGUGCGAAGGACGAAACCUACGGACAGGCGAAAGUGGGAUUUUUCCAAAUCGAUAUGUGUCAGAUAUUCUAUCACAUGCUGGCACUAAGUUUGGUGAGUAAUUGCUCUUUUCCUUAUUACUGUGAAUCAGGGAUAGACCCAGCAUGAUCUGGUAGGGGGGGGGGGGGUGCUCUGCGAGCUCUGGUGCCGAGUUGUGUCGGUCAUGUGUGCCACCCGCCCAUCAACUUGCUUCACUACCACAAAGUCUUGCUUGACUACUGUAUUUGAUUUGUAAUUGUUGUUCACAGUUUGCUUAUUAUCAUGUUAUUUAUUACUUAUCCAUUGACUCAGUGUUUAACACUUGGUGAGUUCCCUCAAACAUAAUUUCUUAAAAAUCUUUCAAAACUUUACCUAUGCAAAAUUCCUACUGUCAUCACAGAAACUUUGAUAGUGUAAACCAUCCUUAUUGUCUCUAAUAGUUUUUUGCUUUAUCAUGAAAAAUAGCACCCCCUCUGGCCAGGGCUAGGAGGGGGGGGGGGACCCUUGAGUAAAUCCAUCCCUGCUGUGAAUAGCAUACUGUUUAAAUAUGAAGAUUUUGUCUUCAUAUUCUUUUGUCUUUUUUAUUUUAGCAUUUUCAGAAAAUGGAGUACAAUUCUUUUUAAGGUAAAGCUAUAAAAUACCUUAGUGAUUAAUUCAAUACUUAAUAUCCCUUGAAAGGUAACAUUGUCAGGCAUCAAAGUUAACCCAUUAAGCUUCAAUACAUGCUACUCUAUUAAUUCUUUACUCUGUCUGGCGGCAGACAAUUUUACUCACCAAGGGGGAGAGUGUUGCAUUUUUAAAACCCUUUAAGUGGCAAUGCACCCUGAUGCACCCUACUUUAGCAUUUUACUCUGUCUAAGGCCAGACGAUUUUACUCGUCAAGUGGAGAGUGCUGUCACUCAUUUACACUAUGCUCAAUUUUUCAAAAUACUUAAUAUCUUCAAUAGAUUUUUGGGGUCCGUGGAAGUAUUUGAGUUUAAAGGAAAUACAGUAUUAUGUCAAGCAAUAGCCACAAUAUUGAAAAUGAGAAGUAACAGUAAACUAUCCGAAAUACCACCAUGCAGCCUGGAGAUUGACUAUAGAGGAAUACGAUUGGUCGACCAUGGACAGGAAAAUGAGGUGGGUUAUUUUAAUUAAAGAGGCAGGAUUUAAUUUAGAACACUGUAAUUUUUACAAAGCAAUUAAUUUGAUUUACAGACACUUGCUAGUCGACCCUUUAAGUGGCAAUGUGCCCAGAUGCACCCUACUUUAUUAUUUUACUCUGUCUAAGACCAGAUUAUUUCCCUCUGUCUAACGCCAGACGAUUUUACUUGUCAGAGGAGAGCGCUGCCACACACAAUGGGUUAAUUAGACUAUCUGGCUAUUCACCCUGUUAACCCUUUAAGUGGCAAUGCACCCUACUUUAUUAUUUUACUCUGUCUAACACCAGAUUAUUUUACUCUGUUUAACGCCAGACGAUUUUACUUGUCAGAGGGAGAGUGCUACCACACAAUGAGUUAAGAGACUAUUAUUUGCAGCAGAUGUAAUAAAAAUAAUAUUCUUAUUGUCUCUAGAAACGACACUCAAAAUCUUUAGUCGGGAGGCUUUUCAAUAACGAACCAAAGGUACCAAAGUUGUUUCAAUUAUUGAUUUUUUCAAAUUAUAUGUCAAUAUGUUCAAAUUUUAUGUUAAACUAGCAAUUUUAUACUCAGCAUGCUAGAAUCUUACACUUUGUAAACCUUUUUUUUUGUGGUGUUAACUGUAAUAAAUUUUUUUCUAUUUUUAUUAUUGAUUAAUAAUAACACCAGUAAUCAUUACUUAUGUACGGUCAUGUAGAUACAUGUAAGUAUUGUGCAGACUAUUUAUAUAACAUGAUCGGUUAAAACGUGAACUGUCUGUGCCAGUGUGGGUAGUGCCAAUAACAUGAACAAGCUUUUAUUGGUAGGGAUGCACCUACCUGAAAAUAUAAGGAGAAUUUCGACUGUUUCGAGUGAAGGCCCUUCGUCUGGAGUUAUUUAUUCCAUUAGCCAUUCCGAAGUUGAUGAGUGGACUGGGGACGAGUAUUAAAAAGUGCCCAAAUUAAGAAAUGAACCAAAUCACUAAAAAGACCACCUCAAAAUUAGUAAGUAUACAAAGUUUGAAGAUGUUUACCUGAAUAUCCUUCGAAUAAUAAGCUUUUGAAAAUUGUGAUAUUUACUAUGAAAUGUAUUGUAAUUUUUGUUUUUGGGACGCGCAUCCCAAAAACAAUCUUUUAAUCAGUAAUUUCACAAUUUUAUGAGGUUAUGCAAUAACAAAGGUUAACAGCUAGGGAACCAAGCCUCAUUACGUCGGCACAUCAUGUGACCAGAAGGGGGCUGGGCGAGUAUGUAAUAAGAGGUUGGCCGCACAUUGGUGGUAUUAGUAAUCAUUGUGCGUUGGAAGCGUAGUAAACGUAUUAGGAACAAAGAUUUUUUUUUCUCUCCUGUUCUUUUAUAUUUCCACCAAUUGUUAAUUGGUGUGAAGGUGUUAGCCCUGCGGGGGUGGUCUGCUCAAGAUACCACUGGCAUGGAUCUUAACCCGAGUCCAAGUAACAGUAGUACCAGUAGUCGUUCCAGGCCACCCCUCGGUCACCCGGGCUAACACCUCACCAUCCAAACGGGUAAGUAUGGUGAACGAAGGUGUUAACGAAAGCUUAUUAUUCGAAGGAUAUUCAUGUAAACGUCUUCAAACUUUGUAUACUUACUAAUUUUGAGUUGGUCUUUUUAGUGAUUUGGUUCAUUUCGUAAUUUAGGCACUUUUUAACACUCGUACCCAGUCCACUCGUCAACUUUGGAAUGGCUAAUUGAACGGUCCACAUCAAUUUAGGUAGUGCCAGAGGACCACAGGUUUUUCAGUUAUAUUGCUGUCUGUGUGUUUUUACCCUCUUUAAAUAAAUUAGUUCAUUCAUUCAUUCAUAUAACCAUAGAGUAGAGACAUACAGAGACGUAUCUGACUGUCGUAAACACUGCGGAAGCUUACGUUUUCAUGUACCCACUUUUUUCAGGCGACCAGGCAAAAAAUGAUCAACUGCGCGUGCUCAGCAAGUUUAAAGUGAGUCGUCAUCAGGUCGUCAUCCAAUCAGAUGCAUGUAUCUAGUAACUUGCCAAGCAUGCGCACAAAAAAAGUGGGUACACUAGUUACGUCUCUGUAUGUCUCUACUCUGUGAUAUAACUAUCUGCAAAAUACAAGCAGAACUUCUAUUUUAUUUUUAUUUUAUUACAGGCAUCAAAUGUAAGGUUCUUUUUCAAAUUAAAAGAUGUCACAUUUUGUGGUUGUUACCCUAAUUCACCAAGGUAAAUGGCUGAUUCUUAAUUAACACUCCUCUCGCACCCCAAUAAAAGACCUUAAUUAAUAUGCUUUGUGUUCCUUCAAAGGUACUUUGGAUUUGUGACAAAACACCCGAACGAACAUCGUUUCGCUUGUCAUACGUUUAUGUCCGACUUCUCAACCGAACCGGUUGCAAAAGCUGUAGGGUAUGUUGGUUCAAUUUUCUUGAUUACAUUAUAGAUAUUAUUGAUUACAUUAUAGAUAUUGAUUAUAGGUAAUAUUGUUUCCUUGAUUAUGAUUUAAGAUAUUAUUGACUAUAGAAACUAUUGCUUGCUUGAUCAUUGUCAUAGAUAUUAUUGAUUAUAGAUAUUAUUACUUCCUUGAUUGUUAUUAUAGAUCUUAUUUAAUAUUAGUUAUAGAUGAUUAAUAUUAUUAAUUAGGAUUUAAAUUUUCAAGGGUUUUUUGCUAUCAUCAGUGCAGAUGUCUUAUAUAAGAAUUAAAAUCAGCUUAAAUAUAUCAUUGAUGAUUUUUUCUAGGCAAGCAUUUAAGAGAUUCUCUGCAGAUUUUAUGGAGCAAUCCUCGACAAGAUAG